CGACCCAUCUUAGUACCCCCACAAAGCGGCGUGGCAGGCAUGAUCACCAUUCGACCAUCAGUACCCACGAUUUGGGCUCGUAAAUUACCGACCAGCCCUUCUUCUUAUCAAUUUCAUUGCUAUGUAAACAAAGGCAUCACCGCCAGCAUGGUUUUCAGGCGGUUCGCUUCGAGCGGCGUUUGGGCUCGCAACAUGAAAGGGAGGGUUCUCGGAUCACAAGUGCCGCCGUCACCCGAGCUGCUCCCGCCUGAGCAUCUCGUCGAUGAGGAGAGGGUUCCCGGAUACAAGCCCGAGCACUAUUAUCCCGCAAAUCCUGGUGAUAUCUUGGGAACUAGGUAUCGGCUGGAGGCCAAGGUUGGUUGGGGGUCGUCGUCCACCGUGUGGCUCGCGCGCGACAUUCGAAGGGGCAAUUGGUUUACGACAACAAGGCAUGUUGCUGUGAAGCUCUGCAACUCCGAUGCCACUGAGGAAGACAUGACGCAUGAGUUGGACAUUACCAUGCAAUUGUCAUCUGCAAAUCCUCAAUAUCCGGGGCGUGCUGCCCUAGGGACGGCGAUUGAAGGAUUUGUGGCAACGUCGCCCAUGGGACGCAGUCAUCUUGUCCUUGUAUUCGAACCUCUGCGAGAGCCACUCUGGCUUUUGAGGAGACGCAUCACGCACACAGACUAUGUUACACAUGAAUCUCUGCCUCUCAUCAAGGCUUACCUUAGAAUCCUCCUCGAAGGGCUCGACUACAUGCACACGCAAGGCCAUGUUAUCCACACGGACUUGAAACUCGACAACAUUAUGGUCACGUUCGAGGACCAGUCAACCGUCGACAAGUUCGUUCAGGCGCAGGCUACCCAUCCAUUAGCUCGCAAACACGGCCACAAUCGUAUAGUAUACCGUUGUCACAACAAUUUCGGCCCUAUUUUGCACGGUCUCGGUAAUAUUGUACCGCAGAUAACCGACUUUGGCCUUGCUCAACGCGGCGACAAAGCCGGAGUGCUCACUCACCCCAUACAACCCAACGAAUUCCGCUCGCCCGAAGUCCUCCUCGGAGUCGGCUGGUCCUACAGCGCAGACAUCUGGAACUUUGGCGUUUUGGUUUGGGAGCUCUUGACUGGAAGUUCCCUGUUUCGACAAUCAAGGACGGAGCCAUACCUUCCCGUUCAGCACCUGGCAGACAUGAUCGCUCUCAUUGGGCCGAUUCCCCCUGUGCUGCUCCAGCGGGAGAGACGCAUGCGCGAUUGGCGAUGGUCUCCAGCCGUCCUAAAUCCUCAAGGAAGACCCUCUAUCAACGCUGCCGAGUUCUACAAUGGUCCCUUCUUUGAUGAUGAUGGUAACUUUUUGCGAGGUGACCUGGUUCCCAGGGAGCGAACCCUUGAAGAUGAGGUGCCUCAAUGUGUUCUUGAAGAGAAUAAUGCUGCCCGUUUUCUUGCCUUUAUGAGGAGCAUGCUUUGCUGGGCUCCCGAGGAGCGUGCAACGGCUCACGAUCUCUUGUACGAUCCCUGGUUGGACCCAAACCUAGCCAAAUCAGGAACUUAGAGCUGGUCGCUUCCUUUAUCCCUUUCAAAGGUUUGUUACGUGCCACAUCUCCAAUUCACUGCCACGCGUACCGUUCACCGUUGCAAUAGGGAAUCCACAGCCCAUGCUCCUCCGACCACUGCCCGAAUUGCCAUCCAGGCCAACGCGAAACCCAGACAGCCCAGGCGCCUAGAGUGAUGUGACCUUGACGAGCCCGUGCCCCGGGCCUGCGCUGGGCUCGUGUUUUGGGUGCCCGACAGGGGACAUUUGACCAACAUUGAAAAACAGGUGUGGGGACGUCCGUCACGUCCGUCGCAACACAGCCGCGGCCAACUCCCCCAGCCGACGCCUCUACAAGCAUGAGCGCACACAAGGGUGUAUCACAAGGUUGUAAGUGCUGUACUGUGAGCGCUCGCUCUAUCCAGACCAUGUCAGGGGCAUGUUGCAAUCAUCAGGAACCUAUGGCCAAUACGACUCAGCCGCAAGUGCUGGCUCAGGUCAAUCGUUGGCCGCCACAGUCUUCCCGACUCUCCCGUCUCCCUGACUACGUCGGGCGAACCUGAGCCACAGCCAUCACGAUGGAUGCCUCGCCAGUCACCAGACGGGAGGUCAACGAGAAUGAGCCUGCCCCAAAGUGGGGGUACUCGACUUGAAUUAGUACCCUACCGGUCAUGGGCGGCUGGGCUCCCUAAGGCACGGCCCAUGCGGGGCGCCAACUAGCAUCGUUGCCUAAGGUCGAGGCCUGACAGGAACAGGCUGCGCGGUGCCAUGGCUUCACCCGAAAGGUCUCAAGGCCAAGCAGCUCACCCAGGCUGAGUAUGGCUUGGCCACUGUUCAGUCUUUCAUCCGAAGCUACUGGCUCCCCGCUUGCAGCCGAAAGUCACGGAUUGAUGGGCUUGCUGGAUGCCUGGUGGUGUCUACAACCUGCGCAGCUGCAGCGCAACGGAGCACAGCCCCCUCUGGCCGACAGUCAUGCUCCCGUUGAGCUGCAGAGACGCUCGUAUGAGCGGGCCCCGCCGUCGGGCAUUGCUCCCCGACGAUGUGCACAAUGACCAUGUGCCCCCAAGUAUAUAUACGAGAAAGCUUUCGAGCUCGAGACUCUUCUAAUGUUUUAUGUAGCCUAACUUUGAUACUAUUAAUUCCUUCUUUACUGCGUUUUCUACACGCCAACGGCUUCUGCGUGAAACUUUACGGGGCCUGUUAGGUUGGAUGGCCGCCUCCAUUUGACAACGAAACACAAUUCUUCUUACAUGUCGUGUAAACGAACAACCCUGCCGUCAGGGCUUUUGUACGGAUUCGUUAUCAGUCGUCAGGCGAGGCAUAUUUGUCGGCACUCUUGUAAUGAGCUAUUAUUCGCCAACGUCUUUGCGUAUGCUGGGCAAACUCUAGCCCGUCGAAUCCUUUUGUGUCACUCUUAGGCACGAGUGAUUGUCAAAUGCGGCAAAAGUGAUAGCGGGGGAAAGUGACGAUGAGAUGGCGUCUCAUGCAGCGUGUCGAGGCGGGGUUACAAACGAUACUGGUAUAAUUUUAACUUCAUGUGUAGCCAAUUACGCAUCAUAAAGGAUCUAUAUGUCCACCCGCGCCCGUAGAAAUGCCCAAGUUGCACACAGCGAAACACAGGACAUCUUUUAAUGCAUGAACCGGGUCGCAUGAAGACUGC